UAUAAAUAUAUAAACAAUACGCUAUUAUGUGUAUUACAAUGCAUGACCUCAGUGUACAUAUAUACUGUGACAAUAAUUACAAUUUCACAGUUGCUUAAAAUUUUAUACACUAUAUAAGUAGAACUUAAGUUUAUCAAAGACCAAAAAAUUUUAUUGUGUGCCUUUGGUUGAUUCAAUAUAGUUUAUAUAAUUUGUCAAUAUGCAGAAAUGUAUUCUUAUCAGAACUUAUAGAGAUGAAGAUAAAGCCGUUUGCAAAAAAUUACUUGAAGCUAGUGUAAUGAAUCAGCUAAAUCAUACAUAUAUUGGAUUUUUAUUAGGACUGAAUAUUAUGCGUAUAGUAAAUAUGUUAUCUAUAGUGUUAAUGUCACUACUCAUGUAUGCAGGAUUACAUACACCUUAUUGUAUUAUAGUUAUAUUUAUUCCAGAAAUAAUAUUAUACAUUUCAUUAUACGCAAAGUUUUUUUAUGAAGCUAGAAUUGUUGGAAAUGAAGUGGAUGAGAUUUCACGAAUUUACACGGCCUCUAAUUCUUCCCGUUUUUGGAUAGCGGAAGCAUAUGAAGAUUUUUCAUUAAAUAAUCAGGAACAAAAUCAGCAAUAUGUAUUCAUGACAGAAGAAAAAAUGAGUGUAUGUAAUAUUGAUUUUUCUAAUCAUAAUAAAAAAAUUGUAGGUAUUAUGUCAGUCUGUAAAAGUAAUUGGCAACCAAAACUUGCUUGGAUAAGAACAUUUUAUGUUCAGAAAAAAUAUACAAGGAAAGGUAUAGGAAGUAAUCUUUUGAAUCAAGCUCAGCAAUUUGCAGACGAAAACGGAAUUUUAUAUAUUAAAGCGAUUGUUUCUGAAUUUCAAAAACAUAUUAUGUAUUUUUAUAAUACGAAAAAUUUGUCUGUAAAUGUUAUACAUGAUAAAUCAUUUUUAAUAUCAGUUACGUUGUAUGAAUAUAUAUUUCGAAUAAGGGAUUCUUAAUGGGAUCAUUAGAAAUUUGGGUAAUGUUCAAUCUAUGCCAAAAAAUUGAACUGUCCUUCUAAAUAUUCAAAACAAAUUUUUGUAAA